AUGUCGGAUAUGCCGAAAACUCUCGAGAAGCCAAGCACGGAAGUUGAGCGUCAUGAACAAGUCGACAUAGUCCCUAAGAACUCAGCCGUCUAUGCAAAGGGAGAAGAACAGACGAUACACUUGAAGACGGCGAUUGCUCUGAUAGCAAUGGGUGUCUUACAAUUCACUACACUGUUAGCACUGGUUGGCCCACCUACAGUGCUCGACAAUAUUGCUUCAGCGUUUCCCAAUCCGCAAUUGAGGUACUGGAUAAUCAAUGCUUCCACACUGGUUCAAGCUGCACUCGGUCCUUUCUUUUCCUCGGUUUCAGACGCGUUCCAAAUCCGGAAAGGCAUAAUAUUGGGCUUGGUCAUACUGGCUAUCAUCGGUUCGGCUAUCAUACCAAAUUCUGAGUCCAUCUACCGAGUUGUCGGUGGGUCGAUCAUGAUUGGUUUCGGACUCGCGUCAGCUCCGUUGAGCUACGCUGUUCCUAGUGAAAUUGUGCCACGAAGAUGGAGAUCAGUCUGUCAGGGUUUCAUCAACAUGUGUGGCACUUUGGGGGCUAUCACAGGGCCUCUCGUUAUCAGUGCAUUUACAAAGAACAAUCCAACUCAAGGUUGGCGUAACUUCUACUGGCUUCAAACAGGGCUUUGGGCUUUCAGCGCCGUUGGCAUCUUGAUUGGCUAUUCGCCGCCGAUAAGGACCAUGGACGGAUCCACAUUCCACUCGAACCUUAGACACAUAGAUUGGAUCGGAUCAGUGAUUCUUACUGCAGCUAUCACAUUAUUCUGCGCUGGAUUCAACUUUCAGUCCACGUAUGGAUGGAGCAGCGGACAAUUUCUUGGCCCUCUUAUCUCUGGAUUCGUGGCUUUUGUUGCUUUUGGUCUUUAUGAGACAUACGGUACAAAGACAGGCAUCAUACCACACGAGCUCUUCAAUGGAAACCGCAAGUAUGGCUGGGCCAUUUUGAACUUCGCAAUCUUGUUCUUCAUCGAAGGACUCACAUUCUUCGCCAUUAUAACGUUCUACCCAGCGUUGACAAGCGCGCUGUUCACUCCAAACCCUAUACAAAUAGCUGUCCGCCAGCUUCCGUUCUACUGCUUGAUCGGUGGGGUCACGUUGAUCUAUGGCUGGGCAAGCAGCUACUUCAGGGACAUCAAGUACAAUUUAUUCGUGGCAUACAUCAUCUAUACUGGCGGCAUUGUCGGGCUCGCCACCGUACAGCCUGGACAAUCUGCAGUGGCACUUGGCACUAUCGCUCUUGCAGGCGUCGGUCUAGCUGGACCCUUGAUAUUGAUCAUUACUGGUGUACAACUUGCAGUGCCGCACCAUCUUAUCGCAACAGCAACAGCGAUGGUGGUUUCCUGCCGCACCUUGGCUGCAUCCAUUUUUGUUGCCGCGUAUUCGACAGCACUCUCGUAUCGCCUCGGCACAUACAUUCCCUCGUAUAUCGCGAGAGCGGUCACUCAGGCAGGACUACCUGCUUCGUCCAUAGGGCCCUUUAUUGGAGCGUUCUCGAGCCACGAUGACGCCGCACUGGCGCGAAUUCCCGGAGUCACACCGGCAGUUCUCGGAGCGGCUGGUAAAGCAAUGCAACAGGCAUUUGCCGACGGCGUUCGCGUUGUUUUCAUGAUUGCCGCUCCGUUUGGGGCCGUUGCUUGUAUCGUCUGCUUGUUCCUCCCAAGUUUCAAGGAGGUCAUGGAUCGAAAGAUCGACGCACCAAUUGAACAUGCGAAAACGCAUCACGGAGAGAAGGAGAUGAAUUGA